AUUUCAUAGACUUCAGCCUUCACCAACCACACAUUUCCACAGUAAAAAAGAACUCAAAAAAGGCAACUUGAAAUUUAAAAUAACCUUAAUUUAAUCCUUCUAACACUUGGAAAUAUUAUACAUCUAUUUAGCCGACGAACCCAUUGUAUAAAUAGGUGUACCAUUGACACUAUCAACGAACACGAACCCAAGACAUAGUCACCCUGAGACCCUUUCACCACAAAAUGCUCUUCCUCCCACCUUCACCAACCACCUCCGCCACCAUAUAACUCCGAUAAUUAGUUCACCCAUCGAUCAUUUCAUCUUUUAUACAAAACUUCACGACCCUUUUCAAACAUUCAUCGAGUUAAUAACUAAAGAUGGAAGAAGCGAGAGCCAGGGGCUCAGUCAGGCGAAGUGUCAGCCGGACAAUUAGCAGGAACCGAAGUACGGCAAGAUGGGGUAUGGAAGACGUGUUUGCCGCCGGGAGUGGUGGCAGCUACAACCGGCGGUCUAGUCGGCACUCUGAGGAAGAUGAAGAGGCCCUCAGGUGGGCUGCGUUGGAAAAACUACCCACUUACGAUCGUUUAAGAACCACCAUCAUGAAGUCUUAUACAAACGAAGAUGAAAACCAACGUCAAAGGACUAGCAUCUUACAUAAAGAAAUAGAUGUACGAAAGCUUGAUCCAAACGAUAAACAGCAGUUUAUUGAUAGGAUUUUUAAGGUUGCGGAAGAAGAUAUUGAAAAGUUCUUGAGAAAGUUCAGAAAUCGUAUUGAUAAGGUUGGCAUCACGCUCCCAACCGUUGAAGUCCGGUUUGAACAUUUGACAAUCGAAGCUGAUUGUCACAUUGGAGACAGAGCACUUCCUUCAUUAGCAAAUGCUACUAGAAAUUUGAUUGAAUCGGGUUUGGGAUGCUUAGGGAUCGGUUUAGCUGAAAAAACUAAACUUACAAUUCUUAAAGAUGCAUCAGGGAUCAUAAAACCAUCAAGGAUGGCACUAUUGUUGGGCCCACCGUCAUCCGGGAAAACAACUCUUUUAUUAGCACUAGCCGGAAAGUUGGACCAUAGCUUAAAGGUUAAGGGAGAGAUUACAUACAAUGGGCAUAAACUUACUGAAUUUGUACCACGAAAGACAUCAGCAUACAUUAGUCAAAACGAUGUUCAUGUUGGAGAAAUGACAGUUAAAGAAACACUAGAUUUCUCUGCAAGGUGUCAAGGAGUCGGGUCACGUUAUGAGUUAUUAACCGAGCUUGCUAGGAGAGAAAAGGAAGCCGGGAUUUUCCCAGAAGCCGAAGUCGAUCUUUUCAUGAAGGCAACAUCAAUGGAAGGAGUUGAAAGUAGUUUAAUUACCGACUACACUCUUAGGAUUUUGGGGCUUGAUGUAUGCCGAGAUACCAUUGUUGGUGAUGAAAUGAUACGAGGGAUCUCUGGUGGUCAAAAGAAACGUGUCACAACAGGAGAGAUGAUUGUUGGGCCUACGAAGACACUUUUUAUGGACGAGAUAUCAACUGGGUUAGACAGUUCCACCACAUUCCAAAUUGUGAAAUGCCUCCAACAAAUUGUUCAUCUCACCGACGCCACUGUGUUAAUGUCCCUACUACAACCAGCACCAGAGACAUUUGAUCUGUUUGAUGACAUCAUAUUGCUCUCAGAAGGCCAAAUCGUAUAUCAAGGCCCAAGAGAACAUGUGGUUGAGUUUUUCGAAACAUGUGGAUUCAAAUGUCCAGAAAGAAAGGGGACCGCAGAUUUCUUGCAAGAGGUUACCUCAAGGAAGGAUCAAGAACAAUACUGGGUUGACAGAAACAAACCAUACAAAUACAUAUCAGUCACCGAAUUCACAAAACGAUUUCAACGAUUCCAUGUCGGACUUCGUCUCGAGAAUGAACUUUCAGUUCCAUUCGACAAAUCAAGAAGCCACAGAGCUGCAUUGGUAUACAAAAAAUACCUGGUUUCCAAAAUGGAUCUUCUAAAAGCUUCAUGGGACAAAGAAUGGCUCUUAAUCCAACGAAACUCAUUCGUCUACGUUUUCAAAACCGUUCAAAUCAUAAUCGUAGCUUUCAUUGGAUCAACAGUCUUCUUAAGGACUAGAAUGCACUCACGAAACGAACAAGAUGGUGCUGUUUACAUCGGUGCACUUUUGUUCAGUAUGCUUAUCAACAUGUUCAAUGGAUUUGCUGAAUUGUCACUCACGAUUCAAAGACUUCCGGUGUUUUAUAAGCAAAGGGAUUUGUUGUUUCAUCCGCCAUGGGCGUUUACUCUUCCGACCUUUCUGCUUCGUGUACCUAUAUCGCUUGUGGAGACGAUUGUUUGGAUGGUUGUUUCUUAUUACACCAUUGGAUUUGCCCCUGAAGCUAGCAGAUUCUUCAAGCAAUUCCUGUUGAUAUUUCUAGUCCAACAAAUGGCUGCUGGGAUCUUUAGGGUUAUUGCAGGGCUUUGUAGAACCAUGAUCAUUGCUAACACCGGUGGAGCUCUCACUCUUCUACUUGUCUUUCUUCUCGGUGGUUUCAUCCUUCCUAAAGGUCAAAUCCCGGAUUGGUGGGGAUGGGGUUAUUGGGUUUCACCCAUUACGUAUGCUUACAAUGCGAUCGCAGUGAAUGAGAUGUUUUCUAAUAGGUGGAUGAAUAAAUUUGCUUCCGACAAUGUAACAAGAUUGGGUUUACAAAUUUUGAAAAACUUCGAUGUUCCUAGACAAAGCAACUGGUAUUGGAUUGGGACAGCUGCCCUUGUGGGUUUCACAAUUCUCCUAAACGUGUUGUUCACUUUAGCUCUCAUGUAUCUCGAUGCCCCUGGGAAACGACAAGCAAUAAUAUCGAAAGAAACAGCAGCCGAAAUGGAAGCAAACCAAGAAGAAAAUACCGAAAUACCAAGACUGAGGGUAAAUCCGUCAAAAAGAGAUACACUUCCUCAAUCUUUAUCAGCUGCUGAUGGAAACAACACAAGGGAAGUAGCUAUGCAACGUAUGAGCGAUCCAAGUCAUGCCCAUGGAAUAAAAAGAGAACAAGAUUUAUAUAUCGAAACUGCAACCGGUGUAUCCCCUAAAAAAGGAAUGGUUUUACCCUUCACUCCUCUCGCCAUGUCAUUCGACAGUGUCAACUAUUAUGUCGAUAUGCCAGCUGAAAUGAAGGAACAAGGGGUGACAGAAGAUAGGUUACAAUUACUUCGAGGUGUAACGGGUGCAUUUAGGCCUGGAAUCUUGACUGCAUUGAUGGGAGUAAGUGGAGCUGGAAAAACAACAUUAAUGGAUGUUUUAGCAGGAAGGAAAACUGGUGGUUAUAUCGAAGGUGAUAUAAAAAUAUCCGGAUACCCAAAAAAUCAACAAACUUUUGCAAGAAUUUCUGGAUAUUGUGAACAAACUGAUAUCCAUACACCCCAAAUCACAAUUCGUGAAUCUUUAAUCUACUCGGCUUUCCUCCGUCUCCCCAAAGAAGUUAGCAAUGAAGAAAAAAUGACUUUUGUGGACCAAGUGAUGGAGUUAGUUGAGUUAGAUAAUCUGAAAGAUGCAAUAGUGGGACUUCCAGGAGUUACUGGUUUAUCAACAGAACAAAGAAAGAGGCUUACAAUUGCAGUUGAACUUGUUGCAAAUCCUUCAAUUAUUUUCAUGGAUGAACCAACUUCUGGGCUUGAUGCAAGAGCAGCUGCCAUUGUUAUGAGAACUGUAAGAAACACUGUGGAUACUGGAAGAACCGUUGUUUGCACUAUUCAUCAACCUAGCAUUGAUAUCUUUGAAGCAUUUGAUGAGUUGCUACUAAUGAAACGAGGAGGUCAAGUGAUCUAUGGGGGACCAUUGGGCAGGAACUCACAGAAAAUUGUUGAAUAUUUUGAGGCAAUUCCAGGGGUACCAAAAAUAGCAGAGAAGUACAAUCCAGCAACAUGGAUGUUGGAAGUAAGUUCUAUUGCUGCAGAGGUUAGACUUGGAAUGGAUUUUGCUGAACACUACAGGAAUUCAGCUUUGCAUGAAAGGAACAAAGGUUUGGUUGAGGAGUUGAGUAUACCUCCUUCAGCUUGUGCACUCAUGGUGGGAACUAUUUUUUGGAAAAUCGGGAAAAAAAGAGACAGUAGUAGUGAUCUGACAACAAUCAUUGGAGCAAUGUAUGCUGCUGUUCUUUUUGUGGGAAUCAACAACUGUUCAACGGUUCAACCAAUCGUAGCAACAGAAAGAACCGUAUUUUAUCGCGAAACAGCUGCUGGAAUGUACUCCGCAUUACCAUACGCCAUGGCACAGGUGUUUGUGGAGAUACCGUAUGUAUUUGUUCAAACAACAUACUACACUCUCAUAGUGUACGCUAUGGUGUCAUUCGAAUGGACUGCAGCUAAAUUCUUUUGGUUCUUUUUCAUAAACUUCUUUUCGUUCCUUUACUUCACGUACUAUGGAAUGAUGACUGUUUCCAUUACACCAAACCACCAAGUCGCAGCUAUAUUUGCAGCCGCUUUCUACUCUCUUUUCAAUCUUUUCUCCGGUUUCUUCAUUCCAAGACCCAGGAUACCCAAGUGGUGGAUAUGGUACUACUGGAUUUGCCCGUUGGCAUGGACUGUAUACGGUGCGAUUGUGUCACAAUACGGUGAUGUGGAGGCGACUAUUAAUGUGCCCGGGAUGUCAUUUGAUCCUAGAAUUAAAGAUUACGUGAAAGACAAUUAUGGUUAUGACCCGAAUUUCAUGGCACCCGUUGCUAUAGUUUUGGUUGCUUUUGCGGCCUUUUUUGCUUUUAUGUAUGCAUAUUGCUUGAAGACACUAAACUUCCAAAUGAGGUAGUUAGGUCACAACUUGUAAAAUAUAGGCACAUGUUAUUGAGCCAUUUGAAAUUGGUGACAACUGGAUAUAGGGUAUUAGAUUUAUAAUGUAUGGAGAGGUUUUGGGAUGUAUUUUGUAAUUGUAUAUGUUCAAAGAUAUUGUAAUGAAAGUAUGAAAAUGUUCAUCCAUCUUGCAGGCUAACUUUAUUGCAUGAAACAUUAAAUUUAAUAGAAUGAAAGCAUUUGCAAC